GUGAAGGGCUGUGGGAAUCACCCAUAUGUCAACCUUAAUUUGGGGCUUGGGGUUGAAACCCCAGCAUUUUGAUGAUCUAGAAGAAAUCUCAGCUUGUAUUGUUUCUUAGAGCUGCACAACUCUUCAAGAAGAAUCUGCAUCAUCACUGAGUUCUUUGGGUUCUGUCAGUAUUAAAAAUUACUCCAGUGGGCAUCUUCAGUUGGUAUACAUGUUUAAUUACAAAAGCUGAAUAAUUUUGCAGUAGACUGGCAUGAUGCUUGUAGAGGUUCCCUUUGUUUCACAGGAUACAGAAUUUAUUAUAAGAAAAACACUCAAAUGAGUACAGCUAUUUACAUCAUCAGGGAUUUUGUCCCAGGCAUGUACUGUAUUCUUGCAUUUGAACUGGGAGAUACAGCAGUUCGUUAUGAUAGUAAGGUUUGGGGAUCUGUUUGUUUUUCUUUACUGGCACCAUGCCUGUCAUCCAGAUUCUAAAUUACCAGAGCAGUGAUGCAGCCAGAUGCUGAGAUGCAUGGUGUAUUUUUUGCAGUUUAGAGCUCAGUGACUAUUUUUGAGCAUUUUAGUUAUAUGCUGAAGUAAUUAUUUCAGUAUGUUGAGGUACCUUAAUCUUCUGUGGGUCUGUGACCUGUUCAGGAGAGCAGGAGACCUCUACACUAAAACUGGCAGAGCACCUGGAAGCCUUGAGAGACUGAUUCUCCUGGCUCUGUUGUGAUAGAUCAAAACAGUUUUGAUACGUCACAAAAGCCAAUUUCUCUACACGUGGAGGUAGCAGUUUUCCAAAAAGCAGUAAAACAUCCAUCUCUGCCUCCUAAAUACUAUGUUAAUAAAAUAACAUUCUUACUUAAUGAGCUAACUGUUGGCGGUUUUCUUCUUUUUCAAUAUGAAGUUUUCUGGGUGCUGUGUUAUGCCAAGAGGUACUUAAUGCAAGCCAUCUUUUUCAUCUGUAGUUGUUAAAUAAUAAUAAUGCAAUAGAACAAACCUGCUGUUUACUGUUGCUUCCUGUGUUUGUAUUUUGUGCUUGACUCUUGACUUAAGAAGCCACCCUUGUCUAUGUAUCAUUGGUUUCACUGGAUUUCCAUAAUUCAUUUCACUUUGGCAUUUACAUGUUCUUGCAGUUUAUUUUGGAUGUUACUCUAGUCCACAUUAUUGUAGUGUCUGGAUACUUGUGUAGUUGCUUUGGGGUUCCAUCUCUAGAGGGGAAUUUUUGAAUUGCCAAAAAAUUUUUUUUUUGUCUUUGGAAAACAUUAAAACACUUAUUUUCACACAUUACUUCUUCUCUUGUGCAGAAGAUCUGUAUGUCACCAAAAUUCCACUCACCUCCUCAUGUAAGCGCUAAAUUUAGCAGUAAAUAUUCAGAUCUCUUUUGUAGGACUAUCUGCAUGGCUGAAUUUCAUUAAUUAUAUUUUGAUGAAUACUGUUUAAAUUCAGAUCUAACCUUCCCUCAAAUCUUAACAUAACACAAAGCAACAUUACAAUACAGUACCUCUAUGUACAAAUAUAAGCAUUGUAAUUUCCUUCCAGGUGUUUUCUGUGUUUUCACAGAGCUCUCUUGAUCACAGGAAGAAAUGCUCCUAGUGAUGUUCGACAGUGCAGUCACUAUAAAUAAGCUCUCUUUCCAGUGACGUUAGCACCAUGGCCAUCACAUGGUGGAUGGUAGCUCACUAUUGAGGAAACAUUCCUCUAUAGGAGCAGCCUAAGGGAUUUCAACUUAGGUGUUUCUGCACCUUCUGCAUAACAGUUGCCAUUUCUGGAAUAACCUUCUCCAACAGACUUCAACAUAUCAACCAAGUAGGAGUAGGUAUCUUUAUCUCCUGAAUAACCUGGGCAGGCGUUACAAGUCUUUAAGCCUCAGAUUGCUGGUAAGUGAACUUCAGCAUACCAGCUAAUUUUAGAAGACCAUGUUUAUUACAUAUGGGAAAUAUAGUUCUAUAAAUUUAUAUAUAUGCUAGGAAAGUGCAUUACUAAUUUAUUGAUUUUGCAGAUCCAAAAUAUAUGCAGUUCAAGCAGCAGUCCUGCAAGGAAAAAAAGACCCAAAUUGUAAAUAUAGGGACACCUGCUGCUGCCUUUACAUUGCAGUUACCCCUGUGGGUAACCCAAUACCUAUCAGUCUUUGAAACUGCUUAUCUACAUUUCACCCAUUAUGACUAAUCCUUCUAGAGUAUAAGCCAGUAAAACUUACUAGCAGCAGUGGUUUCCGGUCUCAUUUCUUCAGGGACUUUCUUUUCAAGGUCUUUUUCUUAAACAGGACAAGUGGUUUCAGACAGUGAGCAAAAAAGGCUAUACCUUACCUUGUUGAUCAUGGAGAAAUUUGUACCUUAGGAAGACUUCAUGGGCAUGGAACCUAUAUUCAGAUUUGGAAAGAAUAUUCCCUAAGAAAGAGAGAAGAGGAUCAGGGCAUUCCUUCUUUUCCAUUUAAAAAUUGCUGAAAAACUACUAAAUAAAUUAUUUCUGUUUCUCAAAAUAAACAAUUUACUUCCAGCUUUCUUGUGCAAUCCUUUCAGUACCCAAGAUGAAUGAGGCAUAUAUGUCUGAUCGCUUACACAUACGUGACAAAAUAUAGGGAGAACAGUACCCUUGUCAAAUACUGGCAUUUAUUGCGGAAUUCAGGGAGUUUCUCAUUUAUCUUGGGUGUUAGAAACUUGUGUUCUGGCAUGUGAUGAACAGGGAGGUUCAGAGAUUCUACUUAAACACUGAAUCUCUCCUUAGAGUCAGGUGGUGAGGACUGUACAAGGAGUGCUUCAGAGAACUUGACUGGAGUGCCAGCUUUUCUUCAUAGGCAGGUUGGGCACCAGCAUGAGGAUGGUUUAGCAGCCCUCUUAAAGAGGGCAGAAAGCCAAUUGCUAGGAAGCACUAGGCCUUCAGUGGAGUCUGUAGUAUAUUUAACCUGAUACUUAAUUCGGGUCUCCAAUAUGAGGGUUUAGGCAUUUGUCCAGGAGGUGGGAGAUCCAGCCUGUUCAGCAGCGCCUAAGCACCGCUUCUGCUGCCUAUACCCAUGUAGAACCAUGGUGCUCCAGCUGAAAUUUUUGCACAAGAGGCAUACUUACCUUUGUGUUGCUGUAGCAAGCAUAAGGAUUUAAAUAUUUUUUUCAAUUUUUAAUUAUCUUUUCUAAAAAUUGGGUUCCUUUUUUCCUUUUUUUUUUUUUCUGUCUGCUGUUAGAAAAUUGUGUUAUUUCUUCUGCAUUACUGAAUUAUUGCACUAGAAUGCUGAAAUCAUGCAACGCGGAAGAUUAAUGAGGGGUCCUUUCUUUUUUCGGAGUAAAUUCUAAAAGCUGGAGGUCACAGGAGACAUACACAUUUUAUUAUUAUGGUUUAUAUUUUGCUUUGGGUGAAUAUACUUUAUUUCACUGGGAAUACGAUAACAGUACUACCAGUCUCUUCCAGUGAGCUGUUCUCAAUCUGAAUUUUAGACUGUGUUCUGAACUGCAGCAAACUUGGCGUUCUUGAGCGAUUCUCAAUUCAAGAGAACAUGCCUUCUUCCAUUUUAGGAAGUUUUUUAAAGGUAUACCAGAACACUGUAAAAUAUAUUCCCUUUGUUCUACCUGCCAAAACAUGAAAAUAUGAUCUUCUUUGAAAACGGUGUUUUGAUAAUGGUCACUGUUCUUUGGGCAAUUAAUACUGUUCCAACUUCGACAAGUUUUUCUGUCUUUCUUGUAUUGCUAGAAAAGCAAUUGUAUAAGAACAUAACUUAUCUACUGGGUCAAGACAAAAAUCCUUUUAGCCCCACAUCCUGUCUCUGAUGAUGGCAAAAACCAAAUGCUUAGGAAGGAGUGUUAAAAUAGACAAGCAUAUGGUGUUAAUUCUUUUGAUAAACCCUUCCACCUUCCAGCAGCCUGUGGCUUAAACAUGUCCUGAGAGAAAAACUGCAUCACUAUCUGUGUAUUUAAUAAUCCUAUAGUUUUUCUUACAUUAUUUUGUCUGAUUGCUUUCUUAAUCCACAGUGUUUGUUUCUUCCAUAAUACUGUAUGACAGCAAAUUCCACCAUUUAAUUGUACAUUGUGUAAAAAAACAAUGUUACAGUUUCAAAUGUAGAAUUAAAUUUUCAUAGUGAUAAAUACAGUUAACACCACGUUCUGUCCUGGUCAGUAACACUUCAACUCAAGAGUGUUAGCUGGGAGGGACACAGUUGACUAAAUGUUUGUAUGUCUUUAAGAUUUUUUCUACCAUAUCCAAUGGGUAGACUUAGUUAAUAGGGACUAAAAACCUGCCUUCAGCUACAUCUAACUUUUUUCUAUUUUGAAGAAUAUUUAGCUGGGAUGAAAGUUUAACUUCACUUAAAUGAGCCUUUCAGCAUUUCCACAUAACAUCCUCAGCUGCUGUAUAGUGGAUAUCAGGACUUUUAGCUUUACAGAGUAUAGGUCAUAGUUCAUUAGAAUAUUGUUUUCAGAGAGGUAAUUAAACCAAAAUACAUAUUUCUUGCUGACAUUUCUAGCUCAGGUUCAUUCUAAAACCUCCAGGUAAAUUGUUUUGCCUGGGGCUUGUGAAGAUGUGUGCAGGCUGAGCUAACAGACAUGGAGGGCUUAACGGUCAUGCAAAGAUACAGUAAACCAAAAUUGAUAUAAUUUGAAAUGUUUAUUUUCCAGAGCUCCUUUUGUAGGUUAAAUGCACAGCAGUGACUUUUCUCUCUGUUAUACAGAGGAGCCAAUAUACUGUUAUACACCACACAACUUCACCCGCGAUCAAGCCUUGUAUGCCAGAGGAUACUGUUGGACAGAAUUAAAAGAUGCCUUGCCAGGAGUUGAUGCCAGCCACUGGCCCUCCUUGUUUGAGCAUAAGUUCCUACCUUAUGCACUGCUGGCUUUUGCUGGGAUAAUGUACAUUCCAGCUCUGGGCUGGGAAUUUCUGGCCUCCACCCGACUGACUUCAGAGCUUAAUUUUUUGCUUCAGGAGAUUGAUAACUGCUACCACCGUGCAGCUGAAGGGCGGGCACCAAAAAUAGAGAAACAGAUUCAGUCCAAAGGCCCAGGGAUCACCGAGAGAGAGAAGAGAGAAAUCAUUGAGAACGCAGAGAAGGAAAAAAGCCCUGAACAGAACUUGUUUGAGAAAUACCUGGAAAGGAGAGGACGAAGUAACUUUUUAGCUAAGCUUUACCUAGCGAGACAUUUGUUCAUCAUCUUUUUAAGUAUUAUACCAAUUACAUACUUAUCCACCUACUAUGCUACACAGAAGCAAAAUGAAUUUACGUGUGCACUAGGAGAGCCUCCAGACAAAACAAGCAGUUCAAAAUUGCACAUCAGAGUGAACUGUAAACUGCCAUCUGUCCAGCUCCAGCGGAUUAUUGCUGGUGUAGAUAUCGUUCUCCUCUGCUUCAUGAACUUGAUAAUUCUCAUCAACUUAAUUCACCUCUUCAUAUUUCGCAAGUCUAACUUCAUAUUUGAUAAACUGAACAAAGUUGGAAUAAAGACCAAGAAACAGUGGCAGAAGUCCCAGUUUUGUGAUAUCAAUAUUUUGGCCAUGUUUUGUAAUGAAAAUCGGGACCACAUAAAAUCAUUGAACCGUCUGGAUUUUAUUACAAAUGAAAGCGAUCUGAUGUAUGACAAUGUGGUGCGACAGCUGCUUGCAGCAUUGGCCCAGUCCAAUCAUGAUGCCACUCCAACCAUGCGUGAUUCAGGGAUCCAAACGAUAGACCCAAGCGUAGAUCCAGCAGAUAUUGAUGCUAAUGAGCAGCUCAUCAUUAAGAGACCAAGGAAGAAGAUGAAAUGGAUCCCAACUACCAAUCCCCUUCCUCAACCGUUCAAGGAACAGUUAGCCAUUAUGAAGGUUGAAAACCAUAAACCUGAAAAGCCGAAGCCUGUGCGGAGAAAAACAGCGACAGACAGCCUUAUAGCUCCUUUGUUAGAGUCUGCUGCAAAAACCUCACAGCAAUCAUCAGCUCAUAAAACUGAGCCAAAUGCCAUCCCAAGCACAAGCAGUGAAAAAAAACACACACGACACUUUUCCUUGGAUGUUCAUCCGUAUAUACUUAGUAGCAAAAAACCCAAGCCAGAGAUUCAAGCCAUCCCCUCGAUGCCUACAUCAAAAAGCCAAGAGGGUGGAUUUUUAAACCAGGAAGAGAAUGUUGUAGUACACGUUACCUCCUCUCUCAAAGACACCCCUCAUCCUGCAAAAGAGAUCCUCUACUCAUCUGAGACAUGCAGAACUGUGCCUGCUGCUGGGGCUUUUGUCACAUGUAACCACAACCAUAUAGCCACAACUGCUGCUGCAACGAGUAUGACUUUGAACCAAGUCAAGCCAGAGCCAACACCUGCACUGAACUGCAACCCAGCCCACCCUUUGCUGCACAUCAACACACUCUACGAGGAUCAUGAGGAGGAAGUUUCAAACAUAAUAGACAAUGGUAUUCACUCACCAACUGACACCGGGGAAAUUCUCUCCAUCCCCACCCCAAAGCAGAUAAGGUUGGCAACAUUCGAUGAACCAAUGGCAAUCGUGAGCUCGGUGGAGUACUGAAGACCCCCGGGCUGCACAGCUGCGCCCUCGUGGCCAGGCCCAAGAGCACUGCAGUGUGGACCAUGGUUCCCGCAACAAUGCAGUUCACUGCAUGAGCAUGGAGAGUUUUCACACAGCCUAUAGCUUUUGGUAAUAACACCAGACGUUUUUUCAGGUUCACAUCAUGAGCACUGUCAGUCAUUUGCAAAACAGAAUAAAGAAAAUCUGGUGGAAACAGACCUUUAACACCAAGACAACCAUUAGCUCUAGCUCUAAACUAUAGCUUCCUGAUUUAAAUGGGAAUUAGCACAAUUUCUGAACAUUAAGAGUCUGAUGGCAUGCCACAGCAAUUUUAGUGAGUGUUUAAAUCCUUUGCAUUAAGAAUCGGUGAUUAAAGUUAAAACAACAUGGAGAUGAGGUAUACUUUUUUAAUGACAGCAGACUUACAGCAGUUAAGUUUUUUCUAGGCAGAGAGGAUUUGUUUUCAAUUCAGGAUUAUGAAAAAGUUAUAUGCAAGCAAAAUUUUUGUUUGUUUGUUUCUUUAGCUCACUAAUGUUGGGCUUGAUGGAGACUUAGCUGAAAGGGCCUUACUACCACCAGCAUUUAAGUGCAAAAAUAUUGAUACACUCAAUCUUUUGCAUUUAUAAAUGAAAAUACCUGAGGUAUGCCCCGCCCUUGAACAAGCUUAUAUGUUUGAUGGAAGAUGAUGAAGAGUUUAUUUUUUUAAAUAUAUUUUACCAUGGGAAGAAUUACUUUAAUAACUUUUCAAACCAGGUGUUGCUUUUAACAAAAUGUGUAGAAAAGAGUCAUUGUAGCUGCUUAUUUUUUCAUAGUGUCUUUAUGAACCAGGUUAGAAACUUUCAUGGGUGCUUCACUGAUACAAAAAAUCUUAGGAAGGUCGUUAAAAAAUAUCUUACAAAAUAUGAAACCAGCAAAACUGUUUUCAAAUAACACACAGUUGAAGAAGUCUGAAUUUAUGUCUGCAGACUUGGCUAGUCCUUGAUUCAGCAAACACUUAAGGCCAUGGAUGGCACUGAAACUAUUCAUAUGUCUAAAGCUAAGCACACACUGAAAUGGCUUUGCUGGAACUGGGCUCUAGUGCAGGCAGACAAUAAUCCUGCAGUAUGUGCUAGCACUCUGAUUCAAUAUUUGCCUUCCUUGGCUCAAAGCACAUCUUCAUGCCCAUCUUCCUAUAACUACGGUAUGUGUGAUUUAAUAGAAAACUCUAGUAUAACUAAAACAUCUAUUAAAAGUGUAUCAUGCAAUAACCAUUCUCAGCAAAAAUAGUGAAACAAAAAGUGACUGUGUUAAAAUAAUAUUCCUAGCUGCAUUAAGAAUUAUGGACUGUGUGUGUUUGCUUCAAAAUUAUAUAUAAUGGUAGAAAAAAAUAUGCAGCACAAAUAUGGGACUGAAAUCUUGAAUUUAUUUUUAAUUUAUUA